AUGGCUAGAAAUGGUAUGGGUGCCACAUUGCAAAGGCCACUGUACGCCUCCCCGUUGGCUGAAUUUAUUCUCCAAGCCGAGGCACCUAGGGGAAUGAAAGUGCCUAAGUACAUUAAGUUUGGGGGAGAAUCUGGUGAAUCUACAAUAGAGCAUGUUGCCAGAUACCUAACAGAGUCAGGAGAUUUAGCUCAUAAUGAGUGUUUGAGAGUAAAAAACUUUCCCUCCUCUCUGACUAAGGUUGCCUUCACAUGGAAGAAAAUAGACCCAACUUUUGUGAAGAGUAUAUCACAAUUGGCUGAUAGAGUUCGACAUCUCGAAUGGCUAAGGUUAGAAAAAAAUAGACACAAUAAGGCUAAGAAAGAAAAAGUAGCGUUUGUCGACUACGACGCGACAUAUCCAAUAUAUAAGGCUGAUUAUGCCUCAUCGAUCGAAUUAGAAAUUGACGUGGCUGAGUUAAAACAAGGAUCUGCCUAUAAGUGUCGAUCAUUACUUCCUGCACAAGGAAAAAAUCCUGUCGAAAACAAUCCAAAAUUCCCUUCGAAAACUUAUACUUUUGAUGUGACAAAGGAUCUGGUUCAAAAAGCAAUUCGAGAAGGCAGGCUGAAAUUCGUUGGCCACAGAAUGAAGAUCAACGCUGAUCCUCUCCACCAGGAGGAAGCUCUAUUCAUGGAGCCAGUCGAGAUCAACAUGGUCGAGAUCACCGAAUACGAUGAGGCCGACAUGCUGGAGCAAACUGGUGAAAGCCCAGAUAUCGACAUAGCUGAAGUUUACCCAAGGGCUGAUGAAGACUUGGUAGAUUUCCUGUAUCGCUGCAAGAAUAAGGGUUCAUAA